AUGGCAUCUCUUGGCGCAUAUCAGCGUAAGCACAAGAUAACUGUGGUGGGCUCCGGUAACUGGGGAACUGCUAUCGCAAAAAUCGUCGCCGAAAAUGCUGCCAGCAACCCAGACAUCUUUCAGGAGAAAGUAGAGAUGUGGGUGUUUGAGGAAACUGUUGAGAUCGCGAAGGACUCUCCACACUACAACCCCGCCAACGCGGGGCCCCAGAAACUCACCGAGGUGAUAAAUCGCUCCCAUGAGAACGUCAAGUAUCUGCCAGGAAUUCCUCUACCGGCCAACAUUCACGCGAACCCGUCCAUCGUGGAUGCCGUCAAGGAUAGCACUAUUCUUGUUUUCAACCUCCCUCACCAGUUCAUCAUCAACACAUGUAACCAGAUCAAGGGCAAGAUCCUACCCUACGCACGAGGCAUUUCUUGCAUCAAGGGUGUCGAUGUGACGGAGGAGGGUGUCAACCUCUUCUCAGAGACCAUUGGCAAGACUCUGGGCAUUUACUGUGGUGCGCUGUCGGGUGCCAACAUCGCCAACGAGGUAGCUCUAGAGAAGUGGUCUGAAACAACUGUCGCAUAUGAUCCACCGCGCUUUGAUUCCAAAGCACCCACCCCCCAGCGCUCACCGUCCUCUUCCCAAGUCGACCUGGUGCACUUCGAGCACAAGGAUGUCUCUGGUCAACUCUCAAAAGUGAAGCUCCAAGCGCUUCCCCUUGAAUACCCCCCUGUCGACCAUGCUGUCCUCAAGUCUCUCUUCCACCGCCCAUACUUCCACGUACGGGUAGUCAACGACGUCGCCGGUGUUUCCAUUAGCGGUGCACUGAAAAAUGUGGUCGCUGUGGCCGCUGGGUGGGUGGACGGUAUGGGUUGGGGUGAUAACGCCAAGGCGGCCGUGAUGCGUGUCGGCUUGAUGGAAAUGGUCCGUUUCGGCGACAGGUUCUUCGGAGCAACCAUUGACCAGCGCACAUUCACCGAUGAGAGUGCCGGAGUAGCCGAUCUGAUUACUAGCUGCAGCGGUGGUCGUAAUUUCCGCUGCGCCAAGUACAGCAUCGAGCGUAACCAAUCUAUUGAAGAGGUCGAGAAGACCGAGCUCAACGGUCAGAAACUCCAGGGCACUUUGACUGCGGCUGAGGUCAACAAGUUUUUGAAGAAGCAGGGCAUGGAGGAGGAGUUUCCUCUUUUCACUGCUGUUCAUCGAAUUUUGGAAGGCGGCAUGACCGUUGCGGAGAUCCCUUCGUACAUUGAGCGGUAA